CUUCGUGGGCAUUUAGUUGAGAUUAUUCAACAUAAUAAAUGGUCAGGUUAUAAAAAGCCUUACAUUUCAAAGAAUCUUAAUGAUGUUCUUCUACUACCUGAAGAACAACCCCCUCUUACACAAAUUAAGGAGGAUAUUAAAGAGCUGAAAGACUCAAUUAAAGAGCUAAAAGGGUUAUCCAAAUCUAAAGAGCCUUCCUCUCUUGCACAAAUUGAGGAGAUGCUUAAAAAGCUGAUACCGAAGAAAGCCGAUUAG